UGCUGCUGCUCCCGCUCCCGCGCCCCGCGCACCGCUCCGCACCGCCCCGGCGGCCGCCGCCAUGGAGAUGAAGAAGCGCAUCAACCUGGAGCUCAGGAACCGCGCGCCCGAGAAGGUGGCUGAACUGGUUCUUGACAACUGUCGGUCUAGCAAUGGUGAAAUCGAAGGCCUGAACGACACGUUCAAAGAAUUAGAGUUUCUCAGCAUGGCCAAUGUAGAGCUCACGUCUCUGGCCAAGCUCCCGACCUUGACUAAACUUCGAAAGCUGGAACUGAGUGACAACCUAAUUUCAGGAGGUCUGGAAGUCCUGGCAGAGAGAUGUCCAAAUCUCACAUAUUUAAAUCUGAGUGGCAAUAAAAUCAAAGAUCUCAGCACUGUGGAAGCCCUUCAAAAUCUUAAGAACUUGAAGAGUCUUGAUUUGUUCAAUUGUGAAGUCACAAACCUGGAAGAUUAUAGAGAAAGUGUGUUUGAGCUCCUUCAGCAAAUCACAUAUCUAGAUGGAUUUGAUCAAGAUGACAAUGAGGCCCCCGACUCGCAAGACGAAGACGAUGAAGAUGGGGAUGAGGAUGAGGACGAAGAAGAUGAGGACAAAGCUGGUCCCCCAGGAGAAUAUGAAGAGAAUGACGAGGAAGAGGAUGAUGGUUCAGAUUUGGGGGAGGUUGAAGGUGAAGAGGAGGAGGAAGAGGAGGAGGAGGAAGUGGGCCUUUCAUACUUGAUGAAAGAAGAGAUUCAGGAUGAAGAAGAUGAUGAUGAUUAUGUGGAGGAGAAAGAGACUGAAGAGGAGGAAGCAGCUGCAAACGUCCGAGGGGAGAAGAGGAAACGCGCAGCAGAAGACGAGGGAGAUGAGGAGGACGAUUAAGUUGUAGGAAACAAAAUAGGACCAGAUACGUUAAGUUGCAGAAUAUGCAAUAGUGAUAUGCAGACUUGUAUGUCUCCAUGUAUCAUAGGUAUCCCUACAGAAAAUACGAAUGUGUUAACUUUUUAUAGGAAGUGUGUUUUUACUAUUUUGCCCUUUUUAUCAUUCCAACUAAGAUAUCAUAGCCCAUUAUUGAUCAUGUGCAUAGAACCCUGUUUUUACCCUUUUAACCACUGAACCAGUUCUCUGUCUCCCCACUAGGUGUUUUUUCAGGUUCUUCCUACUGAGUUUUUACAUGCUGUUCGUUCUAGCCACAGUUAGACAGAUUCUAGUCUACAUAUUUUGAUCCAAACUUUUGAGAUUGUACUCUUAAAGUCGAGUAUGCUGCAGUGCGAUAACCAACCAUGUCAGACAUUAAAUGGGAACUGUGUGAAAGUAGGAACUCAUCAGAUAGUACCGAAGGGGCUCAUUUUAAAGGGACAUCUGGAGAACGCAUAGAAAGGCUGAAGUCCCAUAUUUCCUGCUUGUUUAGAAUUUUGAUCCUCUUUCUCAUAUGUAACACACACACUUAAACGUCUGAAGGGUCUUCUGCACAUCUUUAAGGAGUAUAUAUAAUCAUUUCUGUUUGGAAUCUUGCUUUGUGCUCAAAUGCUUGCGCUUUGGGGAAAAAAACAAAACUGGAAAUACCUACUUACAAUUUGUUCAUCACAUAUUUUAUUAUAGUCAUUAAUAUUUCUCCAGGCUAACAGAAAUCAUGUUUUUGGUAUGAACAUCAAAAUUUUACUUCUCAAGGUAAUUUUAGACCCCUAAAUCCUCAUGUUUCCAUUAUUUUGGUCAGAAAGAAGCUCUUUAACUAGAAGUAGUACUUAUUUCAUCGUACCUAAUAUUUGGCUACAGGCUUUGCCUAAGUCUGUAGUAAGAGUAUGGAAAGAGGAGUCAAGUAGCUUAUCUCUGGCGAAGGGAAGUUGCAGGAAUUGUUGGAUUUAUUGCUGAUUUCCUGCACUCCUGAAGCCACGAGGAGUUGGUUGUGCAAGGCUUCCUCUUUCAUCACAAAAAGGGCUAUAGAUAAUUGGCCAUAGAUUGAGUCUGGGGUGUGGCAAUCAGAGGUUUCCUUUAAAAGUAUGUGUCUUGUUGAAGAAAAGCCAUAGAAGGGACUCAUUCAUCAAGAAAUCCUGUUUAGAUGUGGUAAGACGAGCCUUUUCUGUGGCAGAUGUGAUGGCAAUGAACCCCCAAGAGUUUGUAGGUUGCUUGUAGAAACUAAUAGAAAAUUGGGCACACAGCACUCUUUCUGUCCUCUGUCGUGACAAAACUAACUUGUAUUGUUAAAUAGAUAUUUUACCCAAAUAAUACACAGCUGUAUUCAAGAGAGAACUAUUUUUUUAUCUAUCCUACCUAAGAGAAUCGGUCACUAAUUUGGGUAUAGAUAAAGGGGUUAUUUUUGCAUAGAUGGUGGAGUUGGCCCCCUGCUACACUUCCCUGUGAAUAUAAAUAAUGCAUUACAUACAUUGGCACACUUGGUAUGUGACAUCAUAAUCUAAUUUAGCUUUGAUGGCACUGCAUUCAAGAAAAGCAUCAAAACCUAGUAUUUUUUUCCUGAAUUACCCUUCAUAGAAUGGUAUAGCACAGCUAAUUUUAAAAAUGUUAAAACAGAAUUGAGUGUGUAUGGCAAUUUAGCAGAAUUUCUAAAUAUUUUAAAUAUCUUAACUAAAAGGACUUGGUAAAGUUUUAUCCCAGUCUUGUUAUUAACACCUGUGUAUGCAUAAUGAAUUUAAAAAUCUGCACAGUGUGUUGCUACGGAAGUUCUGUUUUCAAAUGCAGUUGUUUUGUAUUAGUAUUUGAUUUCACUAAGGCUCCCUGAAACCCUUCUGAUUUAAACGUUUAAACAUUUUUUAGUCUCAGCAAAUAAUAAAACCUUCCCAUUACAAGAAGAAGAAAAAGAAUAAGCCUCUGGCUUAUAAUGAUACAUUUUAUACUUAACAUGCCCUAGAGUUCCAUUCAUUUAGUGUGUUCUGAUGCACAUGAUAGAGUUGUGUGGCAGUGUUACCCUCAUUUGUGAUAGUGGAAGUAUGAAGAUUUCUACACACAAAGGAAUUUGCCUUCUGAUCCAUCUUUUCUACUGAAAUUGGCAGGAAACUAUUUGACAGCAAAGUGUAUACCCGAAUGCCAGCGCUAAUAUAAAACUGAUGAAUUUAUGGGCUUUUAAAUGGAUUGUUUUAACAAUUCACUUCAGUUACAACUUUCAGUAAACUUUUAAUUCAUUAAUUUUAAAGACUGAACAAUAUAGUGGAGUAAAAUUAAACCUAAAUUACUACAAGGGUUAUACAUUGCAGGUACAACAGUUUUACAGCUUUGUGUAUUAAAAUAGUAUAAGCAACUAAAGUUUUUAGUUGUCAGUUUAGCAUACAUAGAGCUUUUCUUCUCCUUUUAAACAAAACACAACAGAGAGCCUCUGGGUAACUUUUAAAUAUCUUUUUUGCUUGUAGGGUUCUUUAAAGAAAACCAGUAAGGGUGGGUUUUAUAUUUUGUAGAGAGUUUUUGUCCUAUUUGAAUCCUCUUUGUAUGGCAAUAUGUAUAUAGUGCAUUCAGUUCCUAUCAGAUUCUGGAAAAAAAAACACAAAUUUGGAAGUAAUUGAUUUUUGUGCAACUGUGUUUUGAAAAAGCCAUGACAGUGUUAAAUAAAACAAACUCCUACAGCACACUUCUGAUUAUUUUAGUUGUAACAAAAUGUGAGUGUUUCCCCUGUGUGAUGUAAAUUUUAAAUUAAAGAUUUUCAAUCUGAAAAAA